UCAUGCGUUGCUUUUUGGGCACUUGGGAUGAUGGGGGACUGUUCGGCUUUGCAGUUUGUCAGCCCUUACGCCUUCGAAGCCAUGCAGAAGGUGGACGUCCUGCGCUUAGCCGCCUUGAGCGACCCGGAGCUCCGCCUGCUGCUGCCUUGCUUGGUGCGCAUGGCCUUAUGCGCGCCGGCUGACCAGAGCCAGAGCUGGGCUCAGGACAAAAAGCUGAUCCUUCGCUUGCUUUCCGGAGUGGAAGCGGUCAACUCCAUCGUCGCCCUGCUCUCUGUGGAUUUCCACGCUUUGGAGCAGGAUGCAAACAAGGAGCAACAGCUGAGGCAUAAGCUUGGAGGAGGCAGUGGCGAGAGCAUCUUGGUGUCCCAGCUGCAGCAUGGCCUUGCCUUGGAGUUCGAACACAGCGAUUCCCCCCGGCGGCUCCGUCUUGUGCUUAGCGAAUUGCUAGCCAUUAUGAACAAGGUGGCAGACUCAAAUGGUGAAUUUUUCUUCAAGUCACCAGAACUAUUUGAGAGCCCGGUUUAUUUGGAAGAAGCCGCCGAUGUACUUUGCAUCCUGCAAGCAGAACUGCCUUCGCUGUUACCUAUUGUGGACGUGGCUGAAGCUUUAUUACACGUGAAGAAUGGAGCUUGGUUCCUCUGCCUCUUAGUGGCCAAUGUACCUGACAGUUUUAACGAAGUUUGUAGGGGCUUGAUCAAAAACGGUGAACGGCAAGACGAGGAAAGCUUUGGGGGCCGUCGCAGGACAGAGGCUCUCCGGCACCUUUGCAAGAUGAACCCCUCCCAGGCGCUGAGGGUCCGUGGCAUGGUGGUGGAGGAAUGUCACUUACCGGGGCUUGGAGUGGCUUUGACUCUGGACCACACAAAGAACGAGUCUUCAGAAGAUGGCGUCAGCGACCUGGUGUGCUUCGUGAGUGGCUUGCUGCUGGGGACCAACGCCAAGGUUCGGACUUGGUUUGGGACUUUUAUCCGGAACGGUCAGCAGAGAAAGAAGGAGACCAUCAGCUCUGUGCUCUGGCAGAUGAGGAGACAGCUGCUUAUGGAGCUGAUGGGUAUCCUGCCCACCGUGCGCAGCAUGCACAUUACAGAGGAAGCAGAAGCUGACACGGACACCAACGUCUCUGUGUAUUCGGGGCUGAAAGAGGAGCACGUCGUCAAAGCCAGCGCACUCCUGCGUCUUUAUUGUGCUCUCAUGGGUAUCGCUGGCUUGAAGCCGACGGAUGAGGAAGCGGAGCAGUUGCUCCAACUCAUGACAAGCCGCCCUCCAGCAACGCCAGCUGGCGUCCGCUUUGUUUCGCUCUCCUUCUGCAUGCUGCUGGCCUUCUCCACGCUUGUCAGCACUCCAGAACAGGAGCAGCUGAUGGUGAUGUGGCUGAGCUGGAUGAUCAAGGAAGAAGCUUACUUUGAAAGCACUUCUGGGGUGUCUGCUUCCUUUGGAGAGAUGCUCCUCUUGGUUGCCAUGUACUUCCACAGCAAUCAGCUCAGCGCCAUCAUCGACUUGGUCUGUUCGACUCUGGGAAUGAAGAUUGUCAUUAAGCCUAGUUCUCUGAGUCGCAUGAAAACCAUCUUCACGCAAGAAAUUUUCACUGAACAGGUGGUCACCGCUCACGCCGUCCGCGUGGCAGUCACAAGUAACCUGAGCGCCAACAUCACCGGCUUCCUGCCCAUCCACUGCAUUUACCAGCUGCUCAGGAGCCGGUCUUUCACCAAGCACAAAGUCUCCAUCAAGGACUGGAUUUAUCGGCAGCUGUGUGAGACCGCCACGCCACUCCAUCCUCAGUUGCUACCUCUAAUUGAUGUCUAUAUCAACUCCAUCCUUACUCCAGCAUCCAAGUCCAACCCAGAGGCCACAAACCAGCCCAUCACAGAGCAGGAAAUCCUGAACGUAUUUGAAGGACUGAUGGGGGGAGGAGAGAAUGCGCGCCGGAAACAGCGCUACGGCAUCACAGCCCAACUUCUGGUCCUAUAUUAUGUCUUGUCUUACGAAGAAGCAAUCCUGGCCAGUUCAAAGACUCUGGCUGCCAUGCAAAGGAAGCCCAAAUCUUACUCUCCUGCCUUGAUGGAUCAGAUCCCAAUCAAAUUUCUCAUCCGAAAGGCUCAGGGGCUGCAGCAAGAACUGGGAGGCUUGCAUUCUGCACUCCUCCGUCUCCUGGCCACCAACUACCCCCAUCUGUGCAUUGUGGAUGACUGGAUCUGUGAGGAGCACAUCACAGGCACCGAUGCUUUGCUGCGCAGGAUGCUCCUGACCAAUGCUGCCAAAAAGCAUUCUCCCAAGCAGCUUCAGGAGGCAUUUUCAGCGCUGCGGGGAAAUCACACUCAGGUCCUGCAGAUUCUGGAGCAUUUGACACUCCUCUCGGCAGGAGAGCUGAUCCCUUACGCAGAGGCGCUGACGUCAAAUAUGAACCAGCUUCUCUAUCCCGGGAUCUCUCGGCGAAUCCUUCAAACAGUUAACCGACUGUGGAUGGUGCUGAACACAGUCAUGCCACGGAGGUUGUGGGUAAUGACUGUGAAUGCCUUGCAGCCGUCCGACAAGAUGAUCAGGCAGCAAAAGUACACUCAGAAGGACCUGAUGAUCGACCCUCUGAUUGUGUUGAGAUGUGAUCAGAGAGUCCACCGGUGUCCUCCUCUGAUGGAUAUCACCCUCCAUAUGCUGAAUGGAUACCUUCUUGCCUCAAAAGCCUACCUGAGUGCCCAUCUCAAGGAAACGGCAGAUCAAGACAUCCGUCCAUCUCAAAACACUUUAAUGGGCCUGGAAGCUCCAGAAGUCACAAGGGAAGAACUGAAAAACGCAUUGCUGGCUGCCCAGGACAGUGCUGCGGUCCAGAUUCUCUUGGAGAUCUGCUUGCCCAUGGAGGAUGAGAAAUCCGCAAGUGGCGGCGCUGGCAGGCUGCUGAGGAGCGCCCCGGGGACGGCGGGCUCCAGCCCUCUGAAAAGACAACCCAGAGAGGAAGAAGAGGAGUGGGCAGACGGGGAGAAGGAAAAAGACAGCCUCCUCUGCAGCCUUCGUGAGGUGCAGUGCCUCAUCUGCUGCCUCUUGCAUCAGAUGUUCAUUGCGGACCCCAACAUCGCCAAGCUGGUUCACUUCCAGGGCUACCCGUGCGAACUGCUUCCCCUGACAGUGGCUGGCAUCCCGUCGAUGCACAUUUGCCUGGACUUCAUCCCUGAGCUGAUCGCUCAGCCUGAACUGGAGAAACAGAUUUUCGCCAUCCAGCUGCUUUCUUACCUGUGUAUUCAGUAUGCGCUGCCGAAAUCCCUCAGCGUGGCGCGCUUAGCUAUCAAUGUGAUGGGGACACUGCUGACUGUUUUAACUGCGGCAAAACGUUACGCCUUCUUCGUGCCCACCCUGCCUUGCUUGGUUUCAUUCUGCCAAGCUUUCCCCCCUCUCUACGAGGAUAUUAUGUCCCUGCUUAUUCAGAUCGGACAAGUUUGCGCCUCGGAUGUGGCCACGGAGACGAGAGACUUCGACCCGAUCAUAACGCGUCUGCAGCAGUUGAAGGAGAAGCCAUGCGAGCGGACCAGACUCCUUAAGGAACCCAUUUGUAAAUCCGGAGCAGGAGACACGAGUAGCGCGGACCCCAAUGUCCAGCUGUGCCACUGUAUUGAGAAUACGUUCAUUGAAAUCAUCAACAUGAGUGUCGGCGGUGUUUAAACCCCUUCCAAAAUGGGAGGGCUCUUUGCUAGGCUGAUUUCUCGGUGAAAAGAGGACGUUUUGCAGGCCAGCGGAGAACUGGCUUGGAACAAGCAGUUGCUUUUCCAUCAGGGUGGAUUCGAUGCCGCAUCACCAGUGAAAGAUGUGAACGCCUGCUUUCAGUGAAAGCAUCUCGGGUUCUUGCUAGUGGGCUUCGUGGAGCGCCUUCCUUGGAGGGAUCCACAACCGGUUGAUAUUUGAAUGCACAGUGUAUGCAGACUCUGGUGUGCGCCACACGGAAAUCUGGAUGCAAACUUGAAUUCAGAGUUCUAAAACAAGACUCUCUUGACUUUGUUUUUAAAUUUAAGCUUGUUUUUUAAAUUUUUUUGGAAGAGGCUGUUAAGAACCAAACGAAACGCAGGACGUUUUGACUGUGACGUGAAAACAUAUAAAUCCGUUGGCGCACAGGGAAAUUGCUUUCCAGUUGCGUGCUCAUAACUGGCUGAGGUUUCAAAAGGGUCAAAAAUGGUGAUAAGGAAAAUAGGAACAUGUUAAUCUAGGAGCUGGAGGCAACUAGCGGCUUUUUCGGGUGCUCUGCUGAGAAGUUGGCUGCGGGGACUGACCAGUUCCUUUUCACAACUACAAGAUGCGCACUAGUGUGUAACGGACCAAAUGGGUUACUUUUCGGUAGCCAUGGCUUUCACUUCCUACU